GCUGGAUGAGUACCUGCAGUUCGGCAACCAUUCGAGUGACUCAGAGCGCAGUGCAAUGUUUCCAUCUGCGCAACAAGAAUUACAUGGGAGGACCCGACAACAGACUGAAGUUUUCGCAGACGUCAAAAACUAUAUAAGGGGUUCUACACCGAUGCUGUAUAGCCCGACAAUACAUUUUAUUUUUGCAGUAAAAGUUUACUAUUUCGUGUCCAACAGAAGUGCGCAACGAUGUUUGGUGGAGUAUCUUUCGUGUGUUUGCUUCUGGUGCUGUUAUGCGAUAUGGCAUCGGUAGCCAAAGUGUCCAAGAAGUCCACCCGGGGUCGGCAGUGUUUGGACUUACCGGAAGAAAUCCUCGAGCAAAUGUUUGGGCGGCUUUCGGUGGGCGUCCUGAGUGCGUUCCACCACACUCUGCAGCUUGCACCAUUGGAGCGGAAGAAUCUCACCUGCCCAUCAGCGGGACGCACUGUCCCCGACAGGAAGUCUCGGAUCCCCGUCAACCUUCUCAGCCUGUCUCCCUGGGCAUACAGGAUCUCCCACGACCCCGCCAGGUAUCCCAGGUUCAUACCCGAGGCAUAUUGCUUGUGUAAAGGCUGUCUGAUAGGACCGUUUGGUCAGGAGAGCGACCAGUACCGCAGCACCCCUGUGUACAUGCCCUCCGUCAUCCUGCGACGCACAGGGUCCUGCGUUGGGGGGCGCCACUCAUACACAGAGAGCUACGUAUCUGUGGCCGUGGGGUGCACCUGUGUUCCCCUACUGGAGAAGGAUAGGGAUGCGCAGAGCAGCAACCAGAGCCUGGAGAGAGAACACACAAAAGCUGACGAGCUCAGCUCCAACGACAAGAACAUAUAAAACAUCCAUGGAAAGCAAGGCAAUAGAAUAAAGGGCUGUAUAAUAUGUAUGAAUAUGUAUGAAAAUGUAUGGUUGGCUGUAUAACACAACACGGUGUACCUAGCAGCAGCAGCAGCUUUUGAGCAGUAAUUUAACUCUAGACACACACUGCCACCUGCUGGUGAAUGGAAUUAUAUUUCAUAAUCAUCUAAGCAUGUUUCCAGGCCUUCAUAACAGUUUUUAUUUUCUGUGUGAGUGUAUGAAAUAUUAUUUACACUGAGGUCAAGCAUACAUGAAUACCAUUAUUCACUUCAUAAUUCUGUCAUAAGGGAUACGAAAUCAUUAAAAACCAUCUCCCAA